AUGUUCGGGAGUGGUUUUGGGUCGAACAUGCUAACGGUAAUGACCUUACCAAUUUUGGGUCCCCAAAUUGCAGCCGGAGUGCUUAUUGCCAAUGCGACCACAGCACCUUUUAAAAUGACAUGUAACGCUAGUACGAGUUUUAAACGUUAUCGUCAAGAAGGCAACGGUACGAUGGCCGAGGUUGGAGUUUCGCAGGUUGAGCUGGUGGAGACUCGCGAAGACAAUGCCCGCAAACUCCCUCAGUACAUCGCAGCCUUAUCAGCUACACUUGGAGCGCUAGCAGCGGGUACUAUGCUCGGUUGGUCAGCUCCAGUAAUGGUAAAAAUCCUGGACAAAAACAGCACAGACUACGACUUUGAAGUAACUCAAGCACAAGGUGACUGGAUCUCCUCUAUCAUUAACCUCGGAGCAGCGUUCAUUUGCUUCCCCAUUGGCCUCAUCAUGGACAGAAUAGGACGUAAACUGACUAUGUUACUUCUCGUUCUACCGUUCACCUUAGGCUGGUUACUUGUUACUUUUGGAACCAGCGUAGGUAUGCUUAUAGCUGGUAGGUUCAUCAUCGGUGUAGCUGGUGGUUCAUUUUGCGUCACAGCGCCCGCAUAUACCAGUGAAAUUGCUCAAGACUCCAUCAGAGGAACGUUAGGCAGCUACUUUCAGUUAAUGAUAACUGUUGGAAUUCUGUUUUCAUACGUUGUUGGCAGUUAUACGUCCGUAUUCAUCUUCAACAUACUCUGCACUCUAAUACCUAUCAUAUUCGGAGUUGUCUUUUUCUUCAUGCCCGAAAGUCCCAACUAUUUAGUGGUCAAUGGCAGAAGUGAUGAGGCCAGGGAAGCCUUAUACAGGCUUCGUGGUAGGGCUUACGAUGUAGACCAAGAAUUAAACGCCUUAAAAUACAAAGCUGAAGUAGCAAAAGCGAACCCUGUAUCUUACAUCGCUGCGCUCACCAAAAAGACAGCCAUAAAAGCUCUUAUCAUCUGCUACUGUUUAAUGGUGUUCCAACAGUUGUCUGGUAUCAACGCUGUUAUCUUCAAUGCAUCACAAAUCUUCGAUGAUGCAGGUGCCACUAUUCCUGCCGAAAUCUCCACUAUCAUUAUCGGAGUAAUCCAGGUCGUUGCCACUUUUUCCUCGAGUUUAGUAGUAGAUAGACUUGGAAGGCGUAUUCUACUUUUGUUGUCCGCAUUGGUCGUUUGUAUUUGCACCACCGCUUUAGGAGUGUACUUCUUCUUGCAACAAACUCAUGGUCCCGAUGCUAGCAUAGUCCAAGCAAUUUCUUGGUUGCCCCUUGUGUCUUUGUCCGUCUUGAUCAUUGCUUUCUCAGUCGGCUUGGGACCUAUUCCUUGGAUGAUGGCUGGAGAUCUUUGCAAAAUCGAUAUCAAGGCCUUCGUAAGCUCCACGGCUGGUACCUUGAAUUGGCUGCUUGCUUUCACAGUUACCAGUACAUUUAACUCAUUAAAUAAUGCCAUUGGUGCCGGUCAAGUGUUCUGGAUAUUCUCUGGUAUCAUGCUUGUUGGUUUUAUUUUCAUUUUCUUUGUAAUUCCCGAGACGAAAGGAAAGAGUGUUGAUGAAAUUCAAAUUUUGCUGGGAGGCGAGCCAGAGACCCAAACUCCUGUCGAAGUUAAGAAAUAA